AUCAUCAAAAUACAGACCAAUUCCUCUUCCUCACUCAAAUCGAUUCCAGUUUCAACAACAAGAAGAUCGGAAAAAAAAAUUGAAUGGCAGCUUUUGAAAGUUCAAAGAAUGACAACGACGCUUCUCUGUGCGUCAACAACUGUGGGUUUUAUGGAAAUCCGAACAAUCGAAACCUGUGCUCCGUUUGUUACACUGCUUUCCUCAAAGAAGCUGGCGCAAAAUAUUAUGAGAUUGAAACGAGACAAUCUUCUUCUUCUGGUGCAUCGGAGAGUCUUGAAACUUGUGAUCACAAUGAUCCAGCGCCACCUAAAACCCAAAAUAGAUGCGAAAUUUGCCGGAAGAAGGUCGGAAUGAUUGGAUUUAGCUGCCGGUGUGGAGGUUGUUUUUGCGGCAAACAUAGGUAUCCUGAAGAGCAUUCGUGCGGCUUUGAUCACAAGGAGGUUGGGCGGAAUAUUUUGGCCAAACAAAUUGUUGAAUGCAAGGCCGAUAAAUUGAAGUUUAGGAUUUAGAUAUUUGAUAGUUUUUUUUUUUUUUUUUUUUUUUUGACAAUGUAAUAAUAAUUACUUGGAUAAUAAAAAUAUAUUCUUUCAUUGUUUCAAAGGAUUUUCUUGUGUAAUUUGAAUAAAUAGUGAAUGAAUAUAA